GUUCUUGUGUCAUCUCCCUGCUCAUAGCAGCUCAUCAGAGGGCUGCUUCAUGUCCAACAAGGAGAACAUCCUCCUCCGCGAUGAGGCGUUACAGGAGGAGCGUUUGGAGGGUUUCCUCUGCCCCUCAGAGGAGGAGCAGCGCGAGAGUCGCUUCCACGCAGACGCUGGACCUUCAUCGUCCAAGAGGAAGAUCUCUGAGAGGUCGGAGGACGAGGAUCUGACGGCCCCAAAGAGAGGCUGUCCCUCCCCCUUCUCCCCCACUGUGGACCUCACCGGGUGGGAGAGCAGACAGCAGCAGGAGGAGGACGACCGGAGGCUGGCUCUGGUGCUGCAGAAGGAGCUGGACCAGGAGGAGAGGCAGAGAGCCAGUGACCGACGCAAAGGGUCCGCAGAGCCCUACCUGCUGCGGCAGAACAGGGGCAGCACCAAGACUUCCAGCACCAAUACCUCCAGCACCAAGACCUCCAGCAGGGGCAGCACCAGGACCUCCAGCUGCCCUGAGACCUCCAGCAGGGGCGGCCCUGAGACCUCCAGCAGGGGCAGCCCUGAGACCUCCAGCAGGGGCAGCCCUGAGACCUCCAGCAGGGGCAGCACUGAGACCUCCAGCAGGGGCAGCACUGAGACCUCCAGCAGGGGCAGUCCUGAGACCUCCAGCAGCGCCGAUACCCCCAGCUCAAAGACCUCCUCCUCCAGGCGCAGUAAGCAGGCCACCCUGAUGGAGAUGUUCAGCCUGAGCAGCUGAAGGGGGUCCUCAGAGACCUCCUCCCCUGGAGCUAAAACAUGUAGUUUUGAAGUUUUGGACUUUUUAAAAAUCUGUUUUUAAAUCAAGUUUUUUGCAGAUGUGUCACUGCGGUACUCUCAUCAGGAGAGUAGACCUGGUCCCUCUGAAACCUGCAGAUCUGCUGACUUUCUCUGCUUAUAUUCAGGUGAAAUUCUAUGGACAUUAAACACCUGGACUCUGAGGACCUGUGUGGACUUUUAAGAUGUUUUUUUAAGAUGUUCUCUGACAUGUACAAACACUAAUGUAGAGCAUGCAGACUGAUGAGCGAAUAAAUAAGUCUCCUGUGUGGUUCAGAUCUA